AUGGAUUCUAGUUCUUCCGAACUGAGCAGGUUGAAAGAACCUGGAUAUAACUCACCACCCGAACCAAUUUCGCGGUUAUUUUACUUACUGUAUGCAAUUCCAUUCUUCGUUAUUGUCUCCUAUUUGACAUUUAUAUUUGUCUAUCGCGCGAGAAAUGAAGAGAAACUCAAGAAACGAGCUGCGAUUAAACCUGUAAGGCCAAAACCUGGAAAAAUAGACAGAACAAAUUUUGAAUUUCGUGGUCCGCUCCGCCUUCAAAGCAAAUUAACUGGAGAAGUGCAAUUUAACCAAAAAGAAAGCGAGCCAUCAGCUCCUAUCGACCGGGUUGUCUAUGAUGAAAAUUUGAACGAAAUUGUGGAUAUAGGAAGUGAUGUCGAAGAAAUAGAGUGGAUGUCACACUCAGCAGUAUCCACGAAAAGACGUAGAACAACCGUAACCACUUCCACGAAGCGAAUGACUAAACGGAAUGCGCCAAGCCCAUCGAAAAUGAAUACGAACACUUUACAAACGAAAUCGGCAAGGCUGAGAGCUGCUAAGGCAAAACUAGCCAAAACGGUUAAAACUAGAACUACGGAGAAGAGCACAGAAGAGGAGAAGUAA